UCUCCUCACUAUAGUGCUAUUGUAUGCGUUUGUACGUGGGCGCCCACUUUAUCUUCUACCAAACAAACUUACUAGGAGUGCGAGGCUGACUACUUUCAGUUUCUUUCUUGACAUGGACUUCAACCUUAUGAACGGUCUCAUGAUUGUUGAGGAAAAGGACUCUCUUGACUGGGCUCUCUUAGGAGACCCCCUCCCAGAUGUCCCACUCCUAAGUGAGAUGGAUGCUCUGGUGCCAUUUCCUGAGAGCCUGGAUCAAAAUAAUGACCUGCAUGGCUCUCACCCAUUUUCAAAUAAUUUAGCUGCUGUAGUUCCAUAUCAACCCCAUUCCCCGCCACCUCUCGCUCAAAUGGCCUGGGACGACAUCGACAAGUUCACACCAAUACACUACGGCGAUGCUAUUAGUGACGUAGGGCCACUGGACAUCAUCACGAGGUCCAAUGAUGUUUACGAUGGUAAAAAUAAUUACAGUGAUCCAUUUGAAGCAUUCAGAGUGGGUUGUGUUGACGAGAGAAGCACUGAGGAGAGAACAAAUGGCCGGCCGAGGUUGACCGCUAUUGGCUUCGAUGAGAUUAGAAACUAUUUCCACAUGCCGAUAACCCGAGCAGCGAAAGAGAUGAAUGUGGGGUUAACUCUCCUCAAGAGGAGAUGCAGGGAGCUUGGGAUCCCUAGAUGGCCUCACAGGAAGAUCAAAAGCCUCAGAGCUCUCAUCCAUAACGUUCAGGAGUUGGGAAAGGGUCCAAAUCGGGAGAGCAUAAGGAGGGAGCUGGAGACAUUGGAGGAGCACAGGAGGCUGAUGGAAGAGAACCCUCUGAUAGAAUUGACAGAAGGAACAAAGAAACUGAGGCAGGCCUGCUUCAAGGCUCAUUUCAAGAAGAGGAGGGCACUUCAAAAACACUGCUUCGACCUCAGCAACAAAUAUUAUGCUUAAUUCGUUAUAAUCUGUAUUUAAUAUCUAUUAUAUGCCAUAGUGGGUGUGUCCAUGAGAUUUGAUUACUAAAUCAAACUUCGAUAUAUAUUGAAACUAGUUUGAUUUGCAUUUU